UUAUCAUGAGAAUCCCAUUGGCGACUGUGAAAAACGUGAUCUCUAUAUGUUUCCCCUGUGGGCAAGAGUUCUGACAUACUCGGGCAUCCUGGUUUGGGAAAACAGCGGGCUCGGGAUACCUCUGCUCCUGCCACCUGAUUAUUCCUGAAGUCGGGGGAGGACUUGCUUUCUGGCAGUACAAUGAAUCCAAACCUGAACUGGCUGAUCCUGGUCCGGCUCUUGUUGACCAACCCCACCUUCUCCAUCGCGCAAAGUCCGUCUGGCCCGGACGACGGACUGCAUCGUGGCUUGGCUGUGGAGGAGGAGGAGGAGGAAGGAAAGCAGGAGAGGAAGUCUUUUGUUUCCGGGUCACCUCUGGAGCACGGUCCCCCACUAGGGGCGGGGGAGAGAGUUUUGGGGCUGGGUGAGGGGUCCCUGGAGGAAGAAGACAGGGAGCGGGCGGCCCUGCGCCUGGUGACGAUCGUCACGGCGAUGCUCCGGGACAAGGUGCAGGCCGCCCCCCCGCGGGGCAAUGCCAGCUGCGAGGAGCUGCUGGCUUCCGCCUCCCUGGGGGGCACUUCCUUGGCUCUCUUCCCCCGUGAGCUGCUCGGCCUCUCCCUGGUGCCAGUUCUGGGGGUGUCCGGGUGCACCCAGGAGGCCAAGACUUUGACACUGCAGCUGUUUGAGCGACUGGGCAUGGGCGACACAGAGGAGCUUCUGCUGGAGAUCAAUGACUUGAUUGGAUGGAGCGCCCACCCCCAUGCCACCGCCACUCUGCCCCCACCCACGCGGAAAGCCCAGGAGGAGCGCCACCUGCAGGCCAUCAUGUUCAACAUCCAGCAGCUGGGCGGGACGGGGGAGUCACCGGAGCGCGGCUCGGUGGAGGGCGGGGACGAGAGGCGGGGGAGAUGCCAGGGGUGGACCAGGGUGAACGGGACCUUCCUAUUGGGAGACACGGCGGGGGAGGAGGGCGGGAUUGGGGAAGCGGUACGGACCUGCGAAAACCUGGGCGCCCAGUGCGCGGGGGUGUCCGGCGGCUCGGGCCCCGGGCGGUACCGGGCGGUGCUGAGGAGGGGCGGCCGGAUCGUGCCCACCACCCCGGGCUCGGAGAGCUGGAUCCGGGAGUGCCGGGAGCCCGCGCCAGGGCGCGUUCGCCGCCACGCCCCGGGGACGUGCGUGGACAAGCGGGAGGAGCGCGUCUACAGCGUGGUGGAGUGGAUCCCCGGCGUCAGCACGCUCUACAGCCUGGGCACCGCCGUCUACUACGCCUCCGUCAACUGCACCGAGACGGCCAAGGAGAGGGCCAUCCUCAGCGCCGUCGACUUGGGCACCGACGCCCUCAUGGCCGUCACCGGGGGCGCGGCGGGCGUGGCCGGCUACGCUCUGGGGGCUGGGGUGAAGACGGGAGUCAAAGCCGGGAUCAAGUACCUCCUGCAAAGCAUGAAGCACGAGGAGGACCUCAUCGUGAAUCGCAGCAGCUGGGACACGUCCAUCACCGUCCAAUAACAUGAGUGCCAUCCAAUCCAUUUAGCCCCCUCCCCUCACCCUCAAAAAAAAAAAAAAAAUCCAUCAGUCAGUUUGCAGACUCUUUUGGACACAGACCUCUGCUCCAGGUAAAGAUAUUUGAGCAACUGUUAUCAUCUUCUUAUCUGCGUCCUGGAAGAAGACCUUUGGUCAAGUGGGGAACUUGUAAAAACUACCAGUCGACUGAUUUCCCCAAGCAAUCAUUCCGCUUACAGGUGAAUGCUGAGGGAAGCCAUUCCUUCACUCAGUGAAGUGGACUAUAGCCUGAAAGACAUCGCGAGCAGCUUGGUUCAUAUCCCUGGAGAUGUGUUGGGUCACAUUCUCUGCUCUGUAGACCUGCUGGUGACGUUGUGGAGAGCCUCCAGUCUACUGGUUACUGAAAUGUACAGUUUUCAUACACUGCUUUUUCAGGACUGAGAAAAAAAUCAAAACAUUUACAAUGUACAUGACAUGCAAUAUUUUGAUAAAUCUCUUUGUCAAUUAUUAUCGAGUUAAAGAACUGAAAUUACAUCUGGGAAGCUUUUGGCUCUCAUGUUGCAGCAAAUUUUGGGGUAUGUUUCCAUUUAUUUACUGUAGUAAGGAAAUGCAGCAAUCGUUGUUUUUAGCAACAUAGUUUAAUUAACUACGCUGAUCCAGAUUUUUAGCUGCAUUUACAUUGCUUUUCUCAUGCCAUGUGUAUUAUCAGGGCCUACUACAAAAAGCCACGUAAAUCACUGAAUAGUACUAAGAAACUGGAAAUAAAUUGGACAAAAAACAAUAGUAUUGAGGGACAGUAUAUCCCCGUGUUUCACUAGCAUUUUAAUAAAAACAAUUGCUUAUAUAAUUUGUUAAGAAAACAUGGCCGUAUGUUCCAGUCUUGGUCUUGAAUAAUAAACAUUUAUGUUUAAUACCA